UUUUUAAUAUUUUCAAACUCUCCUUCAUACCCGCGCACCAAAGCAAGAAUCUGUUGAUUUAAAUUAAUAUAUUUUAACAAUAUUUUCCAUUUUUUUUUAAAUUAGUAAAGAAAUCCUAUAAAAUCCCAAUUCCAAAAUCCUUGUAAGACAAAGGAAGUAAUUUCAUAAAGUUUCUUUCUUUGAAAGAGAAACCUUCAUUUCUGUCUUUUUUUCCCGUCAAAAGUUUUAAUCUUUUUUCCAUUUUAGAUAUACCCUUUUCGGUUCUACGUAUAUACAUGUAAAUUUGAAUCAGAAAGUCCAAGCUUUAGUAGCAUUUAAAUGGUGUGGUGGUGGAGACUUUGUGAUUCUAUUCUCUAAGUACAAACAUAGAGAAAAAGUUAGAAUCCGAGGAAUGGCGUAGAAGGGACAAAGCAUAGAGUUAUUGAGAGUAAUAUGGAUUCCGUUUGAACCCAACAGUAAGCUUUGUUGUAAAAAAGAUAAAAGAGAGGGAAGUGGAAGUGUUGGUUUCCAUUUUCAGGGAUUUUUGUGUAUUUAUUUUUUUUUUUUAUAAAGGGUUGAAAAGGGGUUGGCUUUUUAGCAUGCCACUUGGGUUUUAAUAAAAGGGAAGGAGCGUCAAGGAAAGCCAGAAACUGAGAGAGACAGAUAUUAGAGAGAAGGGAAGCAGAAAAAAGAUAUGCAGGAAACAAAGAAGAAUGGUGGAGGAGGUCGCAAUGAAGAUUCCAAGAAGAAGGAGCGUCACAUAGUGACAUGGACUCAGGAGGAAGAUGAUAUACUUCGUGAACAAAUCAGUUUACAUGGAACUGAAAACUGGGCGACCAUUGUCUCUAAAUUCAAGGAUAAAACCACAAGGCAGUGCAGAAGAAGAUGGUACACUUACUUGAAUUCUGAUUUCAAGAAGGGAGGAUGGUCACCUGAGGAAGAUAUGCUUUUAUGUGAGGCUCAAAAAAUAUUUGGAAAUAGAUGGACAGAAAUAGCAAAGGUGGUUUCAGGCAGAACGGAUAAUGCUGUUAAAAAUCGAUUCUCUACACUCUGCAAGAAGAGAGCCAAGUAUGAAGCCUUAGCAAAAGAGAUCACUACUUCAUGUAUAAACCCAAAUAACAAAAGAAUUUUACUCCAAAAUGGGUUCAGUACAGAUGGAACAACUGAAUGCACUGCUCCUGUUAAGAGAAUGAGGAGAUCCCACAUCUCUGAUCUCUCUGAAAAUUGCAACUUUGGAGAUAGAGCACAUAUAGUACCUGGAACAAUAAUCAAUCAGCAGCUAAGACAUCCAUUUGCUGUUUUGGGUCAAAAUCUCCAACAUGUUGACAAUGUGGUGGUGCAAUCUCAAGUCAACAAUGUUAAGGAUGUCUUUAAUGAUGCAGCUCAGAACAAUAGAACUCAAGGAACGUUUCUCAAUAAGGAUGAUCCAAAGAUAACUGCUUUGAUGCAGCAAGCAGAGCUACUGAGCUCACUUGCAUUGAAAGUUAACACAGACAAAACAGAACAGAGUCUUGAAAAUGCUUGGAAGGUUCUCCAAGAUUUUCUGAAUCAGAGUAAAGAAAAUGUCAUCUUCAGAUAUACAAUCUCUGAUAUUGAUUUCCAACUUGAAGAUUUCAAGGACUUGUUAGAGGAUUUAAGGAGUAGUAAUGAGGGAAGUCGACUAUCUUGGAGGCAACCUGAUCUGCAUGAGGAAUCUCCGGCGAGUUCUGAAUACAGUACAGGGUCAAUACUGAUGCAUCAUCUGGAUGGGGAGAAAGGAGAAGAAACUGAAGUUAAGAUAGAUGCACUGCACCAGGAUAUACCGUCGAGUCAUAUUGGAGAGCAGAAUUGCAGGAGUGAAGAGGCGAAAAGGGCUCUUUGCAGUGCAAACACAAAUCAUGUUGAGAUAAUCCCUACUUGUGAUGACCAAACAAACAUUGUAGUUGCUUCUACCUCAUCAAGUGCAGAGCUCAGUUCCCCGGUCCAAGUUACCCCACUUUUCAGUUCUCUAGCAGCAGGAAUUCCCAGCCCAAAAUUUUCAGAAAGUGAAAGGAACUUCCUACUUAAGACACUUGGAAUGGAGUCCCCUUCUCCUAAUCCAGGAAACAAUCUUUCUCAACCACCAACUUGCAAACGGGUCCUCCUCCAUAGUCUAUAACAAACCUCUGAUCAUUUCUUAUACUGAAAUCAACAUUGGUCUAUAGUCUAUAUAUCUCAUCAUUGAUUCCCCUGAGCAACAUAGCUCUUGUUGAGUUUUCAUCCAUUUUUUCACACUAGGAUUGCAGCCAUCUUGGCCUGGAAUUUUAUGAAAAGGCAUUUAAUGAUCUGCUGCCCUAGCUCCCUGGCUUAGAAUGUUUUGUUGCAUUCUAGCUUCUCAGACACAUCAAUAAGAUGUCCUGAGUUCCAUUAAUUUUUCUCCUCCAAUUCUCUAUUUUGUACUACUAGAGAGUACUACCUUAAUACUCGUACUAAAACCAGUGUGUGCUUGUUAGUGUGUAUCAUUCUUUUGUUUGUCAUCUCAUCAGAGCAGUUUCCGGUACUCUUCUUCCAUCCUUCUGAUCCAGUUUUUGUCCUUGAUUUGUAAUUUUGUACAGAACCUACUAUAUAAAAUCCUUAGUGUAAUUAUACAUUGUCAACUUGCCUACAUAUGAUAAAAGAAACAGAGGAAGGAACAAGAAGGGAAAAAAAAGGGAAACAGCAAAGGAGGAUUAACCACUUUACAGGAUUCGUAUUUGAUGUUGUUGGGUGUGCAUAAGGUAUGGAAUAAAAUUUUUUGUGGUUUUCUAUCCUGAUUUCUAAUGUAAUGAAACUCGAUAUGAUUUGAGUGAAAAUGUGUUUUGGCUUUGGUA